AUGGCAGCCAAGAAGCCGGCAGUCACUCAUGUGAUAUUCGAUUUCGAUGGUCUACUAGUUGACACUGAACCCAGUUAUACACUUGCCAAUCAAGCUAUGCUUAAUAAAUUUGGCAAGCAAUUCACCAUGGAAUUGAAAGGAGGAAUGAUGGGUCGCAAGAACAUGGAGGCAAUCGCCUGGCUGUUGGAUCAGGUUGGUAUUGCUGACCGUAUAACUCCUGAGGAAUACGCCGUUGAGUACGAUGUCAUGUUGGCCGAAAUGUUUCGCAAGUGUGGUAGCUUGCCAGGUGCUGAACGUCUCGUACGGCAUCUAGCCAGUAAAGGUGAUCAGUUUCGUGGAACAUUCACUUGA